CGGAGGGAGCUCGAGCUCUGAGGUCUGUGAUUGGAGGAGAAAGACCGAGUCCAAAAAACUAUCAGCCAGGAAACGUCUCGGGUUUCAGGGGGGAGUGACAUUUCUUCAGGGGGUUGGAAGGAGAGAGAAAAAAAUCUGUGUAAACCUGACAAAGCAUCUGAGAACAGCCAGUAUCCUCAGAGACUGCGCUCAUGUCACUGGAUGUGUAUUUUGGGAUGGAUGUUUUAUUCGGUGUUUGUUGCACUGUCGCAUCUCGUGUAGCUGAAGGCUGAUGCGCGUUUGCACGAGCCGUUUGGUGAAGCAACAACAACUUGGUUUACGGACGAAAAAACGAAAUUUUUGGGACGCGUAGUUUUUUUCCUCUUGUAGAAGGAUUUACACAAACACGCACGGAUACUAUCGGUGGGUCGCUAUUGGCAUGCGAUCCUGUCGUUGGUGCCCCGUUGGAUUUGGGAAUAGGGAAUAGUUUUGGUCACAUUCCUGACUGGAUUCGGCCCAUGAGCUCUCUGUUUAUAUGCGGAUUCUGAACUUCAUUAUCAGCUCCUUCUCUCCCAGGUGAUCAGUGGGAAUUCCAGUGAGUGUCCGACCGUACAGCCUGCAGUUCAUGGUUGGGUGGAGCUCCUCAGAUGGGAUCCGUGUCCAGGGGGAGGCCGAGGAGGGGGGGAUGGGGAGACACGCCUGCUGCUGACGGGAUGUCCACCCGAGGGUGGCUUCUGGGUGCGCUCCUGCUUUUGACCCUGGCAACGGCGUCCGUGGCAAGGCCAUCGCCAAAGAUUGCUGAAAAGGUGGAGACUAAAAGUGAACGUGAAGAGCCUCCAACCAAAAACCAAAACUCUAAGCCCACCCUGUGCUCGGUGCACCCGGGUGAACUGCUCAAGCUCAACUGCCCGCUGCCCGAGGUGGCCGCCAUCGUCUGGACCAAAGACGGCUCCUCGCUGGGCCCUGACAACCGCACACUCAUAGAUCAGGAGUGGCUACAGAUCCGCGAUGCCACCCCUAAGGACUCGGGCCUGUAUGCGUGCAGUACCGCGGGCUCGCAGGCCGGCGACAUGCUUUGCUUCAUCGUAAACGUUACAGAUGCCAUCUCAUCCGGUGACGAUGAGGACGACACAGAGCGAUCGGACGAUGUCGGGGUGGACGGUGAACAAAUGCUGGCGCCAUAUUGGACCUCGCCGGAUAAGAUGGAGAAGAAGCUGCAUGCCGUCCCCGCGGCCAACACUGUGAAGUUUCGGUGCGCGGCGGCGGGAAAUCCCAAGCCUGAAAUGCGCUGGCUGAAAAACGGAAAACCCUUCAAACAGGAGGAUCGCAUGGGUGGUUACAAGCUCCGACUCCAGCACUGGACUCUAAUCAUGGAGAGCGUCGUUCCCUCUGAUAAAGGAAACUACACCUGCAUGUUGGAGAACGCCUACGGAUCCAUCAAUCACACCUACACGCUGGAUGUAGUAGAACGCUCUCCUCACCGGCCCAUUCUUCAGGCAGGCCUGCCGGCCAACGUCACUGUGCAAGUCGGAGAGGACGCUAAGUUCGUCUGUAAAGUUUACAGUGAUGCUCAACCUCACAUCCAGUGGCUGCAGCACAUUGUGAAGAACGGCAGCCGUUACGGUCCUGAUGGGCUCCCUUACGUCAAGGUGUUGAAGACGGCAGGUGUGAACACUACAGACAAAGAGAUCGAGGUGCUCUGCCUGCCUAAUGUAACUUUCCAGGAUGCGGGCGAGUAUACGUGCUUGGCGGGUAACUCUAUUGGGAUCUCCUAUCACACUGCUUGGUUGACGGUGCUUCCAGCCGAGCCAGACGCCAUUGAGACGGACUACCCUCCGGACUAUGUGGAGAUCGCCAUCUACUGCAUAGGCGUCUUUCUCAUCGCCUGUAUGGUGGUGAUCGUGGUGGUUUGUCGAAUGAGAACUUCGGCUAAGAAGCCUGAUUUCGGGAGUCAGCCGGCAGUGCAUAAGCUGACCAAACAGAUCCCUCUGCGCCGCCAGGUAACAGAAAGUAGAUACUUUAGGUUUCUCUGUAAUGUUUGUGUUUGUUUGUGCAGGUUAACUCUCGGUAAACCGCUUGGCGAGGGCUGCUUUGGGCAGGUUGUGAUGGCUGAAGCUCUGGGCAUCGACAAGGACAAACCUAAAGAGGCCGUGACUGUGGCUGUCAAGAUGCUGAAAGAUGAUGCAACAGAGAAAGAUCUUUCUGACCUGGUGUCAGAGAUGGAGAUGAUGAAGAUGAUUGGCCGACACAAGAACAUCAUCAACCUGUUGGGAGCGUGCACACAGGAUGGUCCGUUAUAUGUCAUAGUAGAGUAUGCAUCUAAGGGAAACCUUCGGGAGUAUUUGAGGGCCCGGCGGCCCCCAGGAAUGGAGUAUUCGUACGAUAUAGCCCGAGUAUCAGAUGAGCCUCUCACCUUCAAAGAGCUGGUGUCCUGCACUUAUCAAGUAGCCCGUGGCAUGGAGUAUUUAGCCUCACAGAAGUGUAUACACAGGGAUCUGGCUGCCAGGAAUGUGUUGGUCACGGAAAGCAACUUUAUGAAGAUUGCAGACUUUGGCCUGGCCAGAGACGUCCACAACAUAGAUUACUAUAAAAAGACCACAAAUGGUCGUCUGCCGGUGAAAUGGAUGGCUCCAGAGGCACUGUUCGACCGAGUCUAUACGCACCAGAGCGAUGUCUGGUCGUUCGGGGUUUUAAUGUGGGAGAUCUUCACGCUCGGCGGUUCUCCGUAUCCAGGAAUACCUGUCGAGGAGCUCUUUAAGCUACUAAAAGAGGGUCAUCGCAUGGACAAACCUGCUAACUGCACCAACGAAUUGUACAUGAUGAUGAAGGACUGCUGGCAUGCAAUCUCCUCUCACAGGCCCACAUUCAAACAGUUGGUCGAGGACUUGGACCGCAUUCUCACUUUGGCAACCAACGAGGAAUAUCUGGACCUGUGCGCCCCGGUGGAGCAAUACUCUCCCAGCUUCCCCGACACACGCAGCUCCUGCUCCUCCGGAGACGAUUCCGUUUUCUCCCACGACCCCUUAGCAGAUGAGCCCUGCCUUCCCAAGUACCAGCACAUCAAUGGAGGCAUAAAAACAUGAGCCUCUUCAACGUUCUCCAGACCCACCGCAUCCAAGCUACGCCUGUAGUUCUCCACAAGACUGAGAGACUUUUACCCACAGUUCCCUUGUACCCAUCCAGAACCGUAUGCUGCCUCUAGACUCCUUGCGAAGCUCCCGCUGAACUUUUGGAGUGCGCUAAAGGAGGCUGAGACGUCAGCAAUGCUGCUUUUCCGGAAAUAAACUGAAGCGUGUGAAGCGCAGGUGCAUUUUUUUUGUGGAAACACACACUUGUGCGCACAAAAACACGUGACCAAGCUCUUAAGAAGAGGACAAGGACUGAAGAAAAGUGACUGUUUCCAAGGGCCCACCUAUUGAAUUGUUUUGUUUGUUUAUUUCGAUGGGGUUUUUUUUUCGUUUAUGUUGGAGUUCUAUUACAUUCUUGCCGUCAUUCCGUUGCUUGGCAUUCCAGGAUUCUGUGUUCCCAAGAGAAAUGAAUGGAGCACAUGAACAGAACUCUUAAGAGACAAAAAGGAGACAAUACGAUACGAGUACAAUAAGGAAACAUACAACUAACAGAAGAAGAAGAAGAAGAAGUAGAAGAAAUCAUAACUGCCUACGGUUGAUUUUUAUUGUUUAUUUUAAAUGCUCAGUUUUUACCAUGAUAACAUGGUUAUUGUACAAAAAGCCCAAGCCGUUAUCCUUAAUGGUUAAAAAAAUAAUACAUGGUAUAUAGUGCUCGGUAUAUUUGUAAAUAUAUUCAAAUAUGUAAAAAUAUAUAUUAUAUAUUUACAAUGAAUUAUUUUUGGUAUGGACUUCCGAACAAUUCCUCCCUUUUCCCGCAGAGUGAGAAAUAGAUGUAGACACAUCUAGAUGUUUCUAUUACAUUCCCAGACAUACAUUAGCACAUUUAUAGCAGGACUCGACAUUAAAAACUCCAUGAUAUGGCUUAUCUCUUAUGUGUUUCCUGUUAAAAAAGGAAGUUUCUUUUCUUUGUAAUGUUUUGGGAGUGUGCUAGCAUUUAGAUGACCUCAAAACUGACAAACAUGGACUAAAAGCCAAACAACUCUCAGUUUUCAUGCAUAUGUUCCAGACACUUUGAGCCGUGGUGCUGGUUCGAAACCAGGCGCACAAAAUCCCCUGGAAAGGUUUAAUGUCGGGUCCUGCGCAACUCUCACUUGCUGACACAGUCACGUAUUGGCUUUCAGGGAAAGAGAUAGCAUGUUAAUUUAUUGACUUAUGUUAAAAAAAGAAUCAAAA